CGGUCGUGAAACGUCGUCCAAAAAUCCAACGAAUCCAUGCAAUCACGCACCUUCCCCUCCGUUUUGAAAGCUUCGGAAAAUUGGGUUUAGCGCCAAUCGACGGCAGAUUGAUGUAGUUGAGUGUAGUAAUCUCGGAUUCAUUUCAACUUCGUAAUGUUAAUUUCCGAUGCGCUGAAGGAGAUGGUGUUUUCUGUGUGAAAUUCGGAUUGAUGUAAGUGGAAGGAUUGUAGAAAUUGCCCUCUCGGAUAACACCGUGCUCUUUUAGAUAGGCCUCGGCAGGUGAUAUGGCUGCAAAAUGUGGUCGUGAAGAAUUUUGGUAGUUUACCAGUCUGAAUUGCAUUUUCAGACUGUCCUUCGAUGUUCUGGUGUCAAUUUAGUAAAUCAUACUGCAGUUGCUGUCAUCUUAUCACUUUUUUUUUGAGGUUUGUUAUUUUUUUUUAAUCCUUGGAGGUGGUGUAGAGUUGUCAAAUCCUCCUGAAGGAAGUAAUAGCAAGCAGUUGCGAAGAGGCGAAGAGUUCACUCGGGCCGGAGUGUUGUGAAAUUGGUUUUGGAGAUUGUGUAUUGUUGAAGUCACGACGCAAGAGGGAAUGCAAUCGAUACAAUGGCUGCGUAUUCAACUUCCUCAUCGAGCUCCCUUCUUUUGACAGCACGGAUUUCUCCCUCUCCAGAAUUAUUUGCGAGCAGAGGAGGGCGCAAUGCUUCCUUGACCAAUGCUCGCGGUCGUGGCGCCCAUUUGAGGAUGCUAGUGUUGCCUUCUAAGCUAAGGCGGCCUGGUGUUCAACUCAAAGGACAGCGAGAAAGUACUUUGAUUGCUAAUGCCUCUACAACCUCAGUGCAAGGUCUGGAUGCAGAUGUGGAGGCUCGUAUUUCAUUAGCAGCCAGCACCGGUCGAUUAGAUCUUAGUGAUUGUGGUCUUGAGGAAGUACCUCCCCGGGUGUGGGAGAUUGAGGACCUUGUUGAUCUCUCCCUCGCUGGUAACAGGAUUACCUCUUUGCCAGCAGACAUCAAAAACCUGCGAGCUCUGCGCAGGCUGGGCCUAGCUGGUAAUUCGCUGAAAGAGCUGCCACAAGGAAUAGGGAAUCUGCAACAGCUUGAGGGUUUAUGGAUUCAUGGAAACAAUCUUCAAUCAUUGCCUCCACAGAUAGGAGAGCUAAAACAGCUGAAGAUGCUGGCACUUGCAGGAAACAAGCUAACCGAGCUUCCAGAAUCUAUUUCUGGCCUUACAAGUCUUCAAAUUCUCUCAGUUGCGGGCAACAAAUUGCGGGGGCUCCCAUCCGGCAUUGGAAAUCUGAAAGCGUUGACUAUUCUAGCAGUGUAUGGGAACGCCUUACUUAGUCUUCCCGAAAACUUGACAAAGCUUACAUGCUUACAAGACCUUUGGCUUCAGGGCAACGAGCUUGAGGCGCUUCCCGAAUCAUGGGGAAGAAUGUGCUCAUUGAAGCAGUUGUCUUUGGCUGACAACCGACUUGAAGCUCUUCCUGAAUCUAUUGGAGAUCUUCAAUCGUUAGAAACUCUUUGGAUAUAUUGCAACAAGCUCAAAACAUUACCUGAGAGUCUUGCAGCACUGAAAAAACUUCAAUACAUAUGGGCAGAGGGAAAUCCUCUGGAAGGUGAACCUCUUCGGGAAUCGUUGGCAUUGCUUGCUGGCGUAAAAGCUCUGGGUAUCAGCUCUAAUAUCUUUCCAAGUGCGAUGCCAGAAUCAAUGGAGAAGGCACUGUCUCUUUCAGAAAUUAGUGGAUCCGGUGACGCAUUGGAGCGUGGAGGUUACUUUAAGCUUCAACAAUGGAACUUGGGAAAGAAAGCAGACACUGUGAUUGUGGCCUUUGGUAGCGCCCCAGCUGUUCCCAACUGGGCUGGCUUGCUGUCAAAGGUUAAGGCAGAGAUGAAGAGGAAACAAGCUACGUCAACCUUCGAUAUUUUGUUUGUUGUUGACAGCAAGAGGUCUUGGUAUACACAUGAAGAUAAUGUGGAACUCGAAAACUAUGCGGAGUCGUCUACCAGUUCAGGGAGCGGAAAUGUUUCUUCUGGAAUGGGGAAUUACUACAGAAGAGAACUGGAGGUUGCAGUUAAACCGUACAGGCGGGUGAUAAUGCUUGGCGAUUCCAUGGGCGCUAGUGCGGCGCUUAUGUUUUCUCCAUUGGCAACAGCAGUAAUCGCUUUUUGUCCACAGGUCGACUUGAGCACUUCUUCUAUCAGGCCAGGCCAUUCUUAUUCAUGGCUUAAAAUCUUCAAGGACGAGCUCUUAAGUGCUGUAUCAUUGUCAUCUGCAAGAAUCAUUGUCCACUCGGGUACAUGGUCACAUGAUGUCAAUCAGGCGAAACUACUACCCUCUGACAAGGUGAACCUGAAGAUCCACGAUGUAAACGACCACCGUCUAGCACUGGCACUCAACACACAGAACCAGCUCCUAAAUAUCGUUUUGCAUGAGAUACAGGAGUGUAAUCUUACGGUACAAUAGUAAUCAUCAUCAUCAUCAUCAUUAGAUUGACAGUAAGAAAUACAACCAUUAAUCAUGGCUCAGACAAGUCAAUUUUAAACACUCUGUUCCCACGUAUUACCCCAAAAAUUGUUCAAUAAAACGCUGCUGCUAAAUUCCCCUCACAGUUCAA